AUGGACUCUAGCAGCAUUCAGACGACGGUGGGCGACAGCUCCGCCACGGCGAAUGAGGAGGAGGCGAAGUUCAUCGAGAAGAACCUGAUUGUGGUCACCAAACCGAUUGCGAACGAAGAACUGUCCGCCCGGUUCCUGCCCACCUUUGCCUACGUGACGUUUAAGAAGCGGUCGCCAGGACUAAUCAGGGAUCUAGUCGCAUCCCUGCAGGAGAACGAGCCGGAAAUAAUCAAGGAGUGCGGCGAGUACGCCCACUUCGAUCUGAAGCGCACUAUCUGGAGUCUGGAACUACUGCGGGAUGACAUAAAACACAACAGGGAGUUCCAGCCCAUUCGCGUCAAGAGCCCAGACACGGAGCAUUGGAACAAAUUCAUCGCAUCCCUGAACUCCGACAGCCGGAGCUGGUUCUCGGCCGUGUGGCUACAUGCCGAGUGCUACCUGUACCGGCGGAUCUGGUCCAUAUUCCAGCGCUCCGACACUCUUAAGAACUUCGACUACUUCGCCGACCAGAAAAUAAUGGCCGCCAGAGCUACGGCUCCCCAAAUGAAUGCCAUCCUCCUGUCCACAAUGGGGAUGGAGCGCAGUCAGGAGAAUUUUCAGCGUCUGCUGAAGCUCUGCGUUUGGGGCAAUCGUUGCGACCUGUCCAUGACCAAGAAGGGUCCCGACAUGAUGCUGCUGCAGAAGCUGAAGCAGUACGACGCGGACUUGUUGGCUGAUCAGUCGGCGGACGUUUGGAACGAUCUGAUCGAGGCCUACGACCCUGUCUACGUCGAUAUCGUCUGCGAUAACGCAGGGUUUGAGCUUUUUACGGAUUUACUGCUGGGGGAUUACCUGAUCCAAGCUGGCCUGGCAGAGAGGGUGCGCUUCCACGUGAAGGCUAUACCGUGGUUCGUAUCGGAUGUCACGGCCAAUGACUUCCAUUGGAUGCUGAAGUUCUUUAGUUCGAGUGCCACCUAUCCGCACUUCAAAAGCUUUGGUCGGCGGCUGCGGGGCUACCUUCGGAAUCGAAGCUUCAUCCUGUGCGACACCUCCUAUUUCUGGACCAUCGGCUACGACUGCAGCCGCAUGAAGGAGGUUCUACCCUGCUUGUACGUCUACAUGAGCACCGCCGCUUUGGCCAUCUUCAAGGGAGAUCUCAACUACCGGAAGCUCUUGGGGGACAUCAACUACAACUCCACCGACCCGUUCUCCGACUGCCUGCGCGGCUUCCUGCCCACCAGCGUGUGUGCCCUGCGCACCAUCAAGUCGGACAUCUACUGCGGCCUGCCUGUCUGCACGGUGGAGUGGCUGACCGAGGAGGAUCCCGAGUGGAUGAUCACCGGCAGCAAGGCCGUUAUCCAAAUCGCCGUCAAGCACCGGCUGUCGGGCGACAUACUUGCGUGAAUCUGGAAUGUACUUGGGGGAGAAUAGCAAAGAUUACAGCCUUCGUAGGUA